AUGGGCUCCUUCUCUGUGGAGAUCCCGCUCUUUGAAGUGAACAAGGAAGCCCACAGGGUGGCCCAAGCGUGGAUCCAACGCCAAUCUCUUGAAGUGGACGUGGACAAUCACACCUUUACCCGCAACCACAAUACCAUCGCCAUGCGCCCCUUCGAUCCCCAACGCGACAUCGUGUUCUGUCCCAAUGCAAAAUGGAAGGACUUCCUAAAGGAGGUGCUCCUGGUGUAUAUCGCCCUAUCGAUCGCCCGCUCUGGUCGUAAGCUCAACCGCAACCAUCUCAUCCGACGCGUGGCGCUGCCUCAGCAACUGCUCACGGAUUCUGAAUAUGCUGCGCUCCCGGAACUCUUCCGCAAAGGGCUGCAGAUGUGGUGCCGGGACCUGUAUAUUGUCGUCGACGCCCCCGCCACGCUUCGCGAACUCGUCCCCGACGACCCUGUCGGGCCGGACUGGGAGUUGGAGGUUCUGGACGAUUUCCCCCGCGCAUCGUGCACGAGACAGGGCGGAUGGCAAGUCGUGGAGGGCUCUUCGUUGCAGGGCGGACCGGCCUACGAGAGUGCGAAGGAGCUGCUCGGACAGAUUACGAAAUACAAUUUGCCGAAGAUGAGGUUUACGUGGGUUUUGGACACCUUUCCAGUGGAGUUUGAGAUUCGGUUCGCUCGUGCGGUCAAGCACUGA